CGAGCCUUACUAACUGCUCAAUCACACGAGAGAGCCUACCUAAUAAGCUCCACCUGUCCUUUCACAUCGCCCUGUCCCUCCUUCUCCCCCUAAUAACUAACCCCUUCUUCUGCUCCGCAACUCUCUUGCCAAAAUAUUUGCUUCCCCCUAUCCCAAACUUCGAAUUGCAGCAAGUCUCCUCACCGAGUAGACCCUCCCCCAACUUUCAACUCCAUCAACACUCCCCUGAGCAAUCAUCCAUCAUGUCGAGCGGACCUACCAAUGCUCCCACUCCUCCCCAGAGCCGUGCCAUUAACGAAAUCAAACGGCUGCUCUCCCGAGCGAACCCCGACUUCACUACCGCGAAGACGCACCUUUCCAGAGCCAUUGGUGGAAACCACUCGACUUUGGAGCCUCUCCGCAAUGCUAUCCGUCGUCCCAACCUCUCCGACAGCCAGAAGCUCGAGUUCCUGCUUCUCGCCGUCCCAGAUGCCGACAAUGCCAUCAUGAGGCUCUACGGCGACGAAUGCUUCGAGCCCACCAGUGAGGUCUAUGGCCAUUUCUGGCGUCUGGUUGAGACCAGGGGCUACGUGAGGUUGCUGCUCGACAUUGUCGUCUCUGCCGCCGACUGCGGAGAGUACGAGACAGCCGUCGAGUAUGCAAGGCGGGUUCUUGAGAUGAACCACGGUGACAAUAAUGGUAUCCGUGACCGCGUCCCCGUUUUCCUCCUCCACCUCAACCGUCCGCUCGAAGCUCUCAACUUCUGUUUGAGCUGGCUCGACACCGCUCACGACGACUACGACAGCACACGCUACUGCCCCAAGGGCGGAUUCGCGCAGCUCGACCGCUACACCAAGGAAGACCUGAACCCCGACCUGUCCCUGAACAUCAAGGUCCAGAACCUCGGUCACACGUCAUUGAUUUUCACCUCCGCCCUUGCGUGCUUCAACCUCUUUGGCCCCUGCACGCUCUCCACCAGCUGGCUGCGCGAGGGUAACAAGGCCAACAACCACGUCGUUGACCUGUUGCUCGCGCCGGUCGACACCUGGCCCAGUGGUCCCAACCCUAGCCCCCGCGGACUUGGGUCCGAGCCCGAGGCCAUGGACUACGUUUUCUUCGCCCGGAAGCUCUGGGAGACCGAAGAGCCAAGGGAGUGGGUUCGUGCCACAGCCGACGAUGUCGCCAAGAGGGAGUGCUCGGCGAGAGAUUGCAGGAAGGUCGAGGCGCAGCGGGGAGAGUACAAGGUCUGUGCCGGCUGUAGAGCAAGUUGGUACUGCGGUACCGAAUGCCAGGCUAUCGACUGGAAGAUUGGCCACAAGAGACGGUGCAAGGAAGAGAGGAACAUCCGGGAAUUGACCGAGAAGAUGGGUAAGGGAAUGCAGUGGGGCAAAUAAACACCAACGCCCCCCGAAAAAGAAAAAGAAAAAAGUAAUAUUGAAAUGCAUAGAUCUGGGAAUAAGGGUGAAGUAGGGUUGGCUGCUGGGGAGUUUUUCAGUUCAAUUUUUUCAUGGAUCUGCAUGAGAAUCAUCGCAUCGGUUUCUGUUUUUUCUCGGCCUGUGCCUAGUCGGAUCUUGCGAUGGUUUCACCCCCUUCUUUGCGGUGUCUGGGGGAGCCUUCAAGUUCUUUCUUAUGCGUUUCUCGUUUGUUUUUUUCUGUCGUUGUGUCCUGCUUUUCUUUCUUUCUCUUGCCUUGAAGGUUUUCUUUCUUAAAUUGUAGUUUUAGGCACAUGUAGUGGAAUCGAAGCAAAAGACUGGUUUUAGCCACGAAGCUGUGCAGACCAGACCAGCACCCAUGGCGGUGCAGACUGGUAUGUACAUAUAAACGGACUGCGGUCAGGUGCUCAUAUGUACCUCACGGGCCGACUUACCGUGCGCACUGGGGG